UAGAAGAAUUUUAUUUUUAUUUUUAGGAAAUACUUUCAUACUAAAUAAUUUAUCUUAUUAAGAUGUGUUCUAUUGGGUUAAUGACAUCAGAUGCUUGCGAAGGCCAACAAGAUGUUAUUGAAACUUUAAGCAAUGAAGAAAAAAUAAUUAUAUCUUUACGCUGUAAUAUUGAAUUAUCAAACUUAGAAAUAUUAUGUGAAAGACAUAAUACAAAAUAUUUGAAAAUGUAUCCUAUAUGGCAGAAAGCUUGUUGUGAUCCAUUCAAUAGACAUACAAAGAAAAUCACAAAAAAUCUUGGCGUAGUUACAAUAAAAGAGUCACAAGUCAUGAUGAGAAAUUGUUUGAAUAUUCCUCCUGGGAAGAAACUUUGCAAACCUUGUAAACAAAAGAUUGCCAGAAAAAAAGAACUUACAGAAGAGGAGCAAAGUAAGAGUGAACAAGAUGAGGAUUUUCUAAUAUCACCAUGCAAAAAAAUAAGACAGGAGAUCAAUAAAGAACUCAAAAAUUUUAGUUUAUCUCCUCUAAAAUCUCAUUCAAAAUCAUUAAAACAUAUACUGUCAGAAGGAAAGCAAAAAGUUGCAUGCAUCAACGAAAUGGCGUAUAACGCUACUAGAAAAAUUGAAACUCAAUUUUCCUCAAAACUAUGUUAUGAAACCAAUGGGAUGAAAAAGAAGGCUGCAAACUUUGAUGAAAUUAUGAGCUUGGUAAAAGAAAAAAUUCUAUGUUCUGACAAACGAACUAUUGUUCAACUUCUAACACUGGCACCCCCAAGUUGGUCAAUAUUAGAAGUACAAAAUAACUUUUCGGUUACAGAAUACCAGGCCAAGAUGGCUAGAAAAAUUUUUAAUAAAAAAGGAUUGUUAGGUAUCUCUCCAUUGUAUAAGGGUAAAGUCUUACAUAAAGAAAUAGAAGAUUCAGUUAAAUUGUUUUAUGACUCAAGUGAUUUAUGUCGAACUAUGCCUGGAAAAAAAGAUUAUGUCAGCAUUCAAAAGAACGUCCACAAACAAAAAAAACUGCUUUUGUGUAAUUUAAAGGAACUAUAUGUAUUAUACAAAGAAAACAAUCCAGAAAUACAAAUAAGUUACUCAAAAUUUGCUUCACUUAGACCAAAGUGGUGCAUUUUGCCAGGUGCAAGUGGUACACAUUCUGUUUGUGUUUGUUCUUAUCACCAAAAUGCCAUUUUGCUAGUGGAUGCCUUAAAUAUUGAACUAACGUAUAAGGAUUUACUUUUGAAAACUGUUUGCUCAGUAGAAAACAAAGAAUGCAUGCUUGCACAGUGUGAUAAUUGUCCUGGUAAAGAACUGCUCACCAUGUAUUUGUAUGAGAUUUUUGGAGAAUACGAAGAUGAUUUUGAGAUACACUACAAACAAUGGCAAACUACUGAUCGUGCAACACUAUUGAGUUUAACAACAGAUGUUCCAACGUUUAUUGAACUAUUGGUAUCUUGUUUUGAAAAGCUACAAUCUCAUUCUUAUAUUGCCAAAUCUCAAUCACAAUACCUUAAUCAACUAAAAGAAAAUAUGGAUCAAUCAAACAUUAUCAUUCUUGGCGACUUUGCUGAAAAUUAUGCUUUUGUAGUCCAAGAUGAAAUACAGAGCUAUCACUGGAACACCCAACAAUGUUCUUUACAUCCAUUAGUGAUAUACUAUAAAGAAGAAAAUGGUGUAGUGAAACAUAUUUCUUACUGUUUUAUAUCAGACGACAUUAUACACGAUGUAACUUAUGUAUACAAGAUAUUUCAACUAAUUAUACCAAUAUUAAAAACAAAAUUUCUUGAUUUAUCCAAAUUGCAUUUAUUCACUGAUGGUUGUGCAGGACAGUACAAAAAUUGUAAAAGCUUUUACAAUCUAUGCCAACUAGAGACAGAAUUUUCCCUCAAAAUUGAAUGGAACUUUUUUGCCACGUCCCACGGAAAGUCACCAUGCGAUGGAAUUGGUGGUACUGUAAAAAGGUUAACAGCACAAGAAAGUUUAAAACGACCAUACAGAAACCAAAUUCUCACAUCAGAGGCUAUGUAUGAAUUUUGUGUUGAGAAAAUUAAGGCUGUUAACUUCAUUUACAUAAAGGGAUUGGACUUACAAUUGCAACGUGAAAAGCAAAAAGAAAGGUACACUGAUGUAACAACUCUACCAGGUACUCGUAGCUUUCAUCAAUUUAUACAUCUUGGAGAUAAUAGGGUUGGGGCGAAGAGGUGUAGUACAGACACUAAAUAUACAAUAAUUCACAAUCUUAAAAAGAAACAUAUGUUUGAACCUGAUACUGUCACUUUAGGAGGUUAUGUUGCGGUAGUUUAUGAUGAUAAGUGGUGGAUCGGCAUUGUAACUGAAAUCAACCUAGAAGAAGUUGAUGCUGAAGUUAAGUUUCUCCACCCAAGAGGUCCAUCAAUCUAUUUUAACUGGCCUGAAAGAGACGACCACUGUUUUAUUCCUAACAUCAAUAUAUUGAAAAAACUAUCUGUUCCACAAGCUUGCUCUAGUUCUGGUAGAAACUAUGUGUUUGAAAAUGUUGAAAUAGAAGAAGUGCAAGUAAAAUGGCAACAAUAUUGUGAACUAUUACAAAUACAGUCAAAAUAACUUGCACAUUCGAUACCUUUAAAAAUCUUGUAUAUUUAAGUAACUUUGUAAAUUAGGAAUAAUUUAUUUUAAUUGAAUUUAUAAAUA